AUGGCUGCUCUCCCCAUACGCCAUGUUCCCAAACCCUCUUCUUCCCAAACCUCUCAUUCCACGCUCAAGCCUGGCCCGCUCUCCCCGACGUUCCUUCUCAGCACCACUCCCUCGAGUGAUGCAAAAGACAUCACCUCCCUCCGCCUCCACGCCACCUACAUUCGAGACACGCUCGUUCCACUUCUAUCUAGCGAUCGCGACCUUCCCAUCCAAGAAGCCAUUCUCCUCAGAAACAUUCUUUCGAAGAUCUCACGCAUCUCGCCCAUCGCGACAGAUAUGCUUCGCCAAACACGCAUCGAGCGUGCUCUCAAGAUCAUCGCGACCUCCGGCUCCCCAUGGCCAGCGGAUACGGUGCGGCAGGCUAAAGUGAUCCUGAGAAGAUGGGAGAAAGAAGUCGGGUUUCCACUCGACAGUAUUCGAGCAGACCUGUUCGGACGUGGAGGGCGUUUGGAAGGCCUGGCCCCAGCCUUCCAACCCGUCGCACCGGGAGACCAGUUUGUCAUAAGGGAUGUGGUAAGUACACUCAGUACAUUGUAUCAGCGGGUCGUGUGA